UAUCGUUUUUUUUGUCUGUAAGCUGACGUCAUAAAAGAAGUGGCUCGAAGAUUGAUACGGAAGUCGCUUCGAUCCUUAAAACGUCAAUACGAACGAAGACGAAGAAGAUCGGAGAAUCAAAUUUUAGCCUCCAAUGGACCUUAAUCGUAAACACAAGGUCUCCCUCAGAGGCGCCAGCAGUGAGGAGAUGUCAAGGGAUGCUUUGCUUGCUAAAGUCUCACAAGCAAGGGAGCUUCGCAGUUACGCGAGACGUGCUAAUGCUGCUGCUAUUUUCAUUCAGAGAGUUUGGAGGUCUUACAUUGUGAGAAAGAAGGCAGCUUUUGUGAUCCAGGAAGAGUGGGAGAGUUCGCUGAGUUGCAAUUCUGAUACACUGACUAAGAGUUGGGUGUCAAGUAGAGUGUUGAGACCUUUCCUCUUCUUUAUCAGAUCUCUGUGUGUCCAACAUCAAAAGAUAGAGCCACGAGAUGUACAGUGCAUGCACACUUGCUUUAAGAUUCUACUGGAAAGCAUCAACUCUAAUGAUCAAGGGUAUCAUUUUUGCUCACUAGCAGUUGGUACAUUUGAAGAGAGUAAAACAUGGGCCUGUCAAACACGAAGACUGGUGUCUCUCUGCUCUUUCCUUCUCACGGAGUGUAGUUACUCACAGGAGAGGAUAAAAGAUGUUCUUGGUGUCAGUGCCCUUUUACUACGCAUCCUUAUUGUUUUAACCGAUCCCAAAAGCUGGAAGAUUAUCUCAAAACAAAACUUUGAAGAUGCAGAAACAGCUGGGAAAAUGAUCGUUCAGUUUUUAGGGAGCUCUAAAAGUGGAUAUUACAGAGCAGUUAGAAAAUAUAUCAAGUCAUUAACCAAAAAUUCAGAUGAGAGACUAUUGAUUACUACGAGUGCAGUAACUUUGGCUCUACGACCAUUCCAUGCGAGACAACCUACUUUUGUUGAUGACAAUCAACCAGACACAAAUUUGGCUGUUGAAGGAUAUGUUUCUCUAAUACUUACAGUUCCUCGACUAGUUUGCUGCCUUCCAAGCGCUCUCAUACGUGCACUGAAGCACAAAAGCAUACUAAUGCCAAGCUUUCAUACUAUAUUGAUUUUGAGGGACAAACUGUUGACCAGAAUAUCAGAAAUAGAGCAUUCAGAGAAGCAAAGCUGUACAACGGAGAUUCCUUCUGUUGGAUGGGCUAUGGGGAACAUCAUAUCCCUGGCAACAGUUAGUGAAAACGAUUUUAUGGACACACAAGAAUCUAAUCCAGAGAUGUUUUAUGUCUUGUAUGUUCAUGUUAUUGUGACCCUCGCCGAGAAUCUCUUGUCUCAAGUUGAAAAGGUUGGAACUCGGGAUAUUCAUCUUGACUUUGAGGCCACACCGGAUGAUACGGAGAAAGGAAAAAGUUCUGUAAAGAUUUCGUUUGUUGAAUUGCUUCGACCAGUAUGUCAACAGUGGCAUCUCGCAAAACUGUUGGCAGCUUCUGGGAAAGAAACUCGUGUUACAGCAGAUAAAGAUGCAUCAACGAGGAGUAAAAAAGGAUCAGAAACCCUAGAAUUGUUUGACAUUGCACGAUUCUAUUCAUGUAUGUUGAGAAUCUUCUGCGUGCUGAAUCCUGUUGUAGGACCUUUGCCUGUCCUUAAUAUGUUAUCCUUCUGUCCUGGAUACGUUGUCUCUUUGUGGAGCUCUCUAGAGAGUGUCCUACUCCCUGAAGAUGGUUGCACUGCUGACGAAUCAUCUCAUAAACCUGCUAAAGCUUCAUGGAAUACAAGAAGUGCUUCUGAGAAGAAACUGAAGCACCUUAAGAAUGACGGAGUCAACAAGUGGGUGAAUGUGCUUAACAAGUUCUCUGGUAAAUCACCGGGGCCGCGGGAACAUGUGGAGAGUACCGUUGAUCAGCCAGGAUCAAGCCAGGCUAAUGAGUCAACUGAUGAUGGGUGGGACGUGCAAACUCUUAGGAGUGGUCCUGUAGGUAUAUCCAAAGAUGUGUCAUGUCUGCUUCAUCUAUUUUGUGCAAGCUAUGCGCAUUUACUCGUGGUUCUUGAUGACAUACAGUUCUAUGAAAAGCAGAUCCCCUUUACGCUAGAGAAACAACGGAGAAUUGCGUCAGUGCUUAACACUCUCGUGUACAAUGGAUUGUUGCGUGGCACAGGUCCUGAGAAUAGACAACUUAUGGAUUCUGCUAUCAGAUGUUUGCAUCUAUUGUAUGAAAGAGAUUGCAGGCACCCUUUUUGUCCUUCUGCCCUGUGGCUCUCACCUGGUAGAACUAGUAGACCUCCAAUUGCAUUUGCUGCAAGAACUCAUGAGGUUUUACCAACCAAUGAUGUUUUUACGUCUCCAAGCAUGGGUUCUGUUAUAACAAUUACUCCGCAUGUCUUUCCAUUUGAAGAAAGGGUUCAUGUGUUUAGAGAGUUUAUAAGCAUGGAUAAAGCUUCAAGGAAAAUGGCUGGUGAAGUGGAUGCGCCUGGCGCAAGAUCAAUAGAGAUAGUUGUUCGUCGAGGUCAUGUGGUCGAGGAUGGAUUUCGACAACUGAAUUCCAUCGGUAGCAGGCUAAAAUCCUCCAUUCAUGUCUCGUUUGUGAACGAGUCUGGCCUUCCUGAGGCUGGCCUAGACUAUGGUGGCCUUUCAAAAGAAUUUUUGACGGACAUAACCAAAGCAGCUUUUGCUACUGAGUAUGGGUUAUUCUCGCAAACUACUACUUCAGAUAGGUUGCUUGUUCCUAGCCCAUCUGCUCGGUACCUUGAGAACGGGAUUCAGAUGAUUGAGUUUCUUGGAAGAAUUGUUGGAAAAGCUCUAUAUGAAGGAAUACUUCUGGAUUACUCCUUUUCACACGUUUUCAUCCAGAAGCUAUUGGGGCGUUAUAGCUUUAUUGAUGAACUGUCAGGGCUUGAUCCGGAGCUCUACAGGAACCUUAUGUAUAUCAAGCAAUAUGAGGGUGAUUUACAGGAACUCUGUCUGGAUUUCACAGUCACUGAAGAGUUUUGUGGGAAAAUGAGCAUAAUUGAGCUCAAACCCGGUGGGAAGGAUAUCUCAGUAACGAUUGAGAACAAAAUGCAAUAUAUUCAUGCAAUGGCCGACUAUAAACUCAACCGCCAGAUUGUGCCCUUUUCAAAUGCAUUUUACAGAGGGUUAACCGACCUUAUAUCUCCUGCUUGGUUGAAACUGUUUAACACCCAUGAAUUUAAUCAGUUACUCUCUGGAGGAAACCAUGAUAUCGAUGUUGAUGACUUAAGAAGGAAUACAAAAUACACUGGUGGUUACUCUGAUAGCAGUCGAACAAUCAAAAUCUUUUGGGAGGUUAUGAAAGGUUUUGAACCGAGUGAACGCUGCAUGCUCCUAAAGUUUGUGACUAGUUGUUCUCGAGCACCACUCCUUGGUUUCAAAUACUUGCAGCCAACCUUCAUCAUCCACAAAGUUUCUUGUGACACUUCUCUUUGGGCUGCCAUUGGAGGACAAGAUGUAGAAAGGCUUCCAUCUGCUUCUACGUGCUACAAUACUCUUAAGCUUCCAACGUAUAAACGAGCAAGCACUAUGAGGGAGAAACUAUUGUACGCGAUUACAUCAAAUGCAGGAUUUGAACUCUCCUAGAGACCUCUGACCAGAGGCAUACCAUUGUCAUAUGGGUUGGUGAUGAUGUCCAUGAGAGGUUGGUAGGCGUUAAAGGCGACAAGCUUGAGGCCUGAGUGUCGUUUCAUCAAUGCCUGUGUUGUGGCUUCAAGUUUGGUGUUGAACAUGACAGCAUCAUUGUUGAGCCUCUCGACACAACUCUUGUUUCCUGCACCGAAAAGAGUGAUAGCUGCAGGCAGGCAACCCAUUGGCGGUAACGAUAUCA